AUGAAGCUACAGCUCAAGAUACAUCUUAGUCGUACAGCACCGGCCCCUGGCGCUGUCGUUGAUGAGCCAUCCGCAUCGUACAAGGAAAGUACCGAGAAACGUGGUCACGGGACCGAACAUCCCUGUUGGCGUUAUUUCACACGUGAUCGAAAAAGCGCCGAUUGCCGAAUCUGUGGUGUUCACGUUGCAUAUGCAUGUUCGGGCAAUUUGAUGAGGCAUCUGCGGUCAAGGCAUGUUGCGGAAUCGGUGAUAACGCAAAAAGAAUGGGAAGAAAUACAGAAGGUUGCCCAACAUAUACCUAAAUUUGCUUUCAAAUUUUUGUUUAAGAAAAAGAAGCAGCUGUGUGAGUUACGAUUGAUGGCUAGUGCAAAUUCAUGUGGUUCCGAGGAACAAUCUCCGUCCAAUGGGGUUUCAUACAGCUGCGGUGAUGAGGAGCAGGGUGAGGGUAUGGCUGGCGCCGGUGAGGACGAUGACGUCAAUGGGCUUAUUGAAGAACUGGCAUCGUUUCCAAUGCAAAAAUCGCUACUUUGCAUGCGUCGAAUUCGAAAAUUUAUGGAUGAGCAGUUGCUGGAAUUGGAUGAAAAUGUGCAGAAUUCGGAAGAUGAUGCCAGCAUUUCCUGA